GUUGAUCGAGCGACGUGAAGCGCGCCGCAGUAAUGAGAAACAACAUGGCGUGUGUACACAAAACGUAAAAUGAUGUGGCACUCCACAUCGAUUUCAUUAUUUUAGUUAAUUUACGUAGUUCUAAUCCGAGCCGGACGAAACGGCGACCGCAUAUCGUAAAAUGUAAUCGAAUCGACCGAGACACACCCCGGCGGUCGGCACAAUAGUUCGCGAUAUUGGAGCGCGACAUUCUAGAGUACAAAGUUCCGCACGAUCCCCCGAUGCCGCGAGACUUCGACGAGAACACGUAGCCGCCCCGAGAGCGACGCAGGCGGCCCGGCCUCCGGUCCGGCCCCGGGCGAGAUGGCGACGUCCCCGCUCGGCGAGAUCGAGGAGCUCGCGAUCUGCUCGUGCUGCAAGCGCGCCUUCGACGAGACGGAGAGGUCUCCGAAGGUGCUCGCGUGCAAGCACCACUUCUGCCUGACGUGCGCGCGCACCGUGCUGGGCAAGGGCCGCGAGGUGUACUGCGUGCACUGCUGGAAGCGCACCGAGCUGCCGGACGGGCGCGCGGAGGCGCUGCCCACGCACGGCGCCGUGCUGGCGCUGGCGCGGCGGCUGGCGGCGGCGGCCGAGCCGGCCUGCGCGGCGCACGCGCUGCCCGCGCUCUGGUGCUGCGCGUGCGGCGCGCGCGCCUGCCGCGCCUGCGCCUCGCACGCCGCGCACGCGCACGCGCUGCGGCCGCCGCUCGAGGCGCGGGCGCUGCUGGCGCGCGACCGCCGCGACCUGCUGGCCGAGCUGCAGCGCCUGCACGCGCGCCGCCGCGACCACCUGCUGCGCGCGCUCGACGCCGCCACCGCGCUCAAGCUGCGGCUCGAGGCGGAGCUGGCGGCGCCGCCGGCGCGCGGCGCGGCCGCGUGCGGGCUGGCGGCGGCGGCGGCGGAGCGCGAGCGGCUGCGCGCGCGGCACCGGGAGGCGGCGCUGCAGGCGCGGCUGGACGAGCUGGUGCGCGCGGCGGCGGCGCCGCUGGACUUCGAGCUGCUGCGGCGCGCGCUGGGCGGCGCGGGCGCGGGCGCGGCCGCCGGCGAGGCGCCGCCGCCGCCCGAGCGCCGCGACCCCGUGCUGUUCCUGGCCAACUACUGCACGGCGCAGCUGUACGCGCGCCACUUGGUCGCGCGGCCCCGCUCGCGCGCCGACUCGGAGCCCGAGGCGGCGCCGUGCUCGUCCGCGUUCGAGUGCGACUCGGGCGGCGAGGCGGCCGGCUCCCCGACCGCGACGCCGACGACGACCGCCGCGUCCGCGGUGGGCUCGCCGCUGCCGCGCAUCCCCGCCGCGUUCCCGCUCUUCUACUUCAACCUGGAGGUGAACGGCUCGCCGUUCGGGCGCGUGGUGAUCGAGGUGCGCGACGACGUCGCCCCGCGGAUGGCGCGCAACUUCACGGUGCUGGCGACGGGCGAGCUCGGCGUGGGGUACCGCGGCUGCGCAGUGUUCCAGUGCUGGGAGAACGAGAGCGUCAUCACCGGCGACUUCGAGCUGAACAACGGGCGCGGCGGCCGCUCCGUGUUCGAGGAGAGCUACUUCAUGCCGGACGACACCAAGAUGGUGGCGGUGCGCGGGUCGGUCGGCAUGCGCCGCUCCCAGAAGCGGCACGACAACCUGGGCCUCGUGGGCUCGCAGUUCCGGAUAGUGCUGCGCGAGAUGCGCGGCUUCACCGCCAUCUUCGCGUUCGUGGUGGAGGGUCUCGAGCUGGUGGACCGGCUGUCGCGCACGGGCGACAGCGCCGGCAAGCCGCACAGCACGAUCCUCAUCUCGAGCUGCGGCAAGCUCAACUAGGCGCCCUCGCCGCGGGCGCUCCUCUCGAAUUCUCCUCUUCUGCCUCUCGUCGCAUCGGUGCAUAUCACUCUCUCACAAAUUCCGAUCUCUCGCGAUCAAAGUACCUUAUAUUUCUACUCCGUCGGACCAAAGUUUCGUUUUCGUGUGUGCUCGCACCGUGAGAUAUUUUUAUACGUGUAGAAAAGAUUUUGAAGUAUUUACGCGACUUAUUGAAAGUCAAUCGGCUCGAGCUUGCGUAGUUGUUCGUUUGCGUAGUUAUACACUCGGCGUCCGGCGUCCGGCUCGCGUCCGGCUCGCGUCCGGCCGCUCUCCCGACGUUGCGUCCGCGUUUAGACAAUUAUUACCUUCGCGCCGUUCUGUUACUCGUCUCGUUAGCUACUAGUGGGCCUAGACUCGGUAUUAUCUCAUUAUAAAUGAAUAUAUUUUUGUUAUUAGCGUGAGACGGGCGGCGAGGCGUCGCGUCUCGUCGCGACUAGGUUAUAGGUUAUAGGUUAUGACGUUUCGAUCGUAUGUGUGUCAAUAUAAAUGUUAUUACUUUAGAGGAUAUAUUUUAGCUAGGGAUGCCGCGGGGCGCCCGUCGCCGGCCGGCCGUAUGGCUCGGCUCGGUGACCGGCGCGGCGGUCGUACUCGUAUUCGUGUAUGUACUGUACAUAAUAGAACGAACGUUAUUUAACAUAAUAGAUUAAUAUAUUUACAAGCUAACGUUACCUCUCGCGAUAAAGCGGCGUAAGAGACGAUAAACGAUUAUAACACGAAUUAUUACAAUUUCCGGAUGUUUUACAAGACUGUGAUGAUAGCCGUAGGUAGCGGAGCUAGCGGAGGCGCGGCGCCUCCUACCGGUCAGUGCCUGCUUUAGUAUCGAUAUAUUUACUAGGUAAUGUUACGGCGCGCUCUCGUCCCUUCCCUCGGCGGAGCCCCGCUCGGGCGCGCCCGCGUUCGUUAAGUUUAUUUUUCUAUUUACCAAAGUUUAUAUAUUGUAAUAUAGGCGUAUUGCGGUGUUCGUGUGUAGCUUGUUCGUGCCGCGUGGCGGCCUCGUGGCCACUACUGUAGCGGCGCGGGCCCGCUCUAGACAUGUUGUAAUUCGUGUUGACUAUAUUCAUAUUAUAUUGUAGCGGCGUUUUAUUUUCUCGAUAUAUAGUUUAUAUGACGUGGUGUGGAAAGCAGUUGGCGUCCGCGGUUGCAGCGCUCGCAGCGCUCGCAGCGCUGGCGCCGCCGCGGACUUGUUAAUGUUAUGUGUACGCGCAUAUUACUAUGUCCGAAGCGAAUUCGUGAUAAUAAAUAAGUAUAUG